GCUGGGGCUUAUAGGAUGGAGGUGGGGAGGGAGAGAGGCGAGACCUUCUUCCCCGGGACAGGAGGGAGCCCAGCCUCUGGGGUAGCGAGCAAAUCCCAGCCUAAAUCUUGUCUUCUCCCCCUAGGGCCGGGCGGAUUCCGCAAAAGGAAACACGACAAUUUCCCACAUGGGCCGAGAAGAGAGGGGAAAGACGACGAGGGUUCGUCCUCGCCGGUGCUGGUCUCGUUUAAGCUGUUUCAACAGGAACUUGAUACCAGGCACGACAAAUACGAGAGGCUCGUGAAACUUAGUCGAGAUAUAACAGUCGAAAGCAAAAGGACCAUCUUCCUUCUCCAUCGGAUUACCAGCGCUCCAGACGCCGAGGAGAUACUGACCGAGUCGGAGAGUAAGCUGGAGGCCGUCAGGCAGAAAAUGAAGCAGGUGGCCCAGGAGCUGCUGGGAGAAGACCUGCACCAGUUUCACCGGGCCAUCACUCCAGGUCUCCAGGAAUACGUCGAGGCGGUGUCUUUCCAACACUUCAUCAAAACGCGAUCGCUCAUCAGCGUGGAGGAGAUCAAUCGUCAGCUGGUGUUCGCGAUCGAAGACCCCGGGGAGGAGGAGCGGUCGCUCCCUCCUGCGACCCAGAGCGGGCCGCCCGGCCCCUGCAGCCUGCAGGUGACCCCAGUGGACUACCUCCUGGGGGUGGCCGACCUGACCGGGGAGCUGAUGAGGCUGUGCAUCAGCAGCGUGGGCAACGGGGACAUGGACACCCCCUUCGAGGUGAGCCGCUUCCUGCGGCAGGUGUACGACGGCUUCUCUUUCAUCGGCAACACCGGCCCCUACGAGGUGUCCAAGAAGCUGUACGUGCUGAAGCAGAGCCUGGGCAAAGUGGAGAACGCCUGCUACGCCCUGAAGGUGCGGGGCUCCGAGAUCCCCAAGCACAUGCUGGCGGAUGUGUUUGCCGCCAAAGCCGACCCCAUCGACCGGGAGGAGGGCAUCGCGUAGCGGUCGUCGCCUCCUGCCUCGGGGCGGGGAGGGGGCCGGCCGCCGCGGGGACGACCCAUCUCUUGCCCCGCGCGUUGUCGUACUGAACUUUCCGUGUUUCCGAGCGAAGGGCCUCUCGCGCUCCCAUCAGUAGACGGCCCCGUGCGGCUUGCGGGUGUCCGAGCGGCCCGCCGGCCCGCUGCGGUGACGUCGGAUCCCCCGGCCCCCGGCCCCUUCCCCUUCCACCCCCACUGCGGCAGCUCCUGGGCUCUGGUGUGUGGCUUGCAGAAGGCUCCGGUGCAUCCUUGACUCUCUCACCUGAUCAGAGCCGCCCGUCGGGCCCCACGCUCCGAAACAGUGGCCUACCUGGUCCGGCCUCCCGCCUCCCGCCCCGUCAGCCGGCGUUCCUGUUUCCGACCGGAUGCCAAGCCGAGGUGCCACGGAGAGAGGUGGGGCCCGAGCUGGCCGGUUGGCAGGUGGGCCGGGGGAGGCGGUUCCCCAAACUAGGGACCCCUCAGGUGAGUGAUUUCCGGGAGAACGGUCUGAAUGGCAAACUCCGGAUGCCGUUAGCUGUCCUUUUCUCGGCUUGGGUCUCUGUCGACUGUGGCCCCCCCCACACCCCCCGGCCCUCCCGGUCGUCCGGCGGCAGUCAGAGCUCGGAGCCGACCGGACUACCCCCCGUUGCGAGCAAAUGAACGCCAAGUAGGAUCCGUACGUGGGAAAUCUCACCCUUGCUGGUGUCCCCUUUUCGGUGUUAGGGCCCUCUCCCUGGGCUUCUUGCUUCUUUGGCAUUUCUCUGUAGAAGGUGGGAGGGAAAACUUCCAAGUGAGCCAGCUGACCCUAAAACUGCCCACCCGGUGAUUUCUGCUACCCGAGGGCGCUCAGGAAACGGGAUCCGAGCAGUUGGCCCUUCCCGACUCCAUGGUCCAGCCGACCGACGGCACGGUUUCGGGAACCCCCUCCACCCCAGGCCCACCUCAGCAACCAGGGGCAGCUUGCCACGGUGGCACCUGUACUCACCCGCGCGGGCCACGGUGGCUCCCGAGCCCUCGGGGCCAGGCAGCCAGGAGGUCUACGCUGUGGGGACCAAGGCUCGGAUGUGGCGGGAGUUUGAACAACUCCUCCCCUCUGUGCCUUUUCGAAGCGGAUUUCUGGGUCACACUCACGUUCCCCGCCCGGCGCUCGCCAUCAUCCGGCCCCGGUGGCGUUUCCUACCGUUGACGCGGUUGUCCUGGCCACCGUUCUGCCGUUCGGCCUCGGUUCGUCAGACUUAAGGCACCUGUUUUCCCCAAAACGUUUUGAAUAAAUCUGUUUUAAAA